AGUUUUGCGCCACCUGCUUGUUUCACGUCCAUUUCUCUGCGUUGUUGUGUGGAAGAAACCUCUUUCUUGACAGAGAGAGAGAGGUAGCGGAGUGCUUUCUAGCAGAGAUAUUCCACGCUGCAGCCCAAUUUUGAGCAGUUGAGGUUUACAGACCCGUACACACACGCGCAUACACAAGCAGUGGCGAGCCGUUUUUUUUUCUUGUCAAAGUUUCUGUUGUCUUCCUCCUUCUACUACCUGUGGUGCCGGCAGAAGAAAGAAAAAGAGAAAUGCCGCAUUUCUCCAGUGCACUCGUGCGCACGAGAGCGCUGGUGUGCGUCUUCUCUCUCCUCCUGUUGCUGCUGCUGCUGCUCUGCGUGGCAGUUGAAUCCCACGCUUUUUUUGGCGGGAACCGGUUCCAACGGCAGGCAGCCCCGCCUCCGCAGGCACACCGGCCAGAGGUGGACUACUACAAAAUCCUCAACCUGGAAGGCAAACGUGAGACGGCGACGGAGAGGGAAAUUCGGCAGGAGUUCCGUCACCUCUCGCGCCGCUACCACCCCGAUGUGGCGAGCACAGAGGAGGACAAGGCAAAGUACAGCGAGGUGAACCGCGCCUACGAGGUGCUAUCCGACAAGCGGAAGCGCAAGGUCUUCGACAUGCGCGGUGAGCGGGGGUUGGAGCAGCUGGAGCAGAUCGACCGAGCAAAGGACCAACCGGGCGGCGGCAUGAACCCCCUCGCGCAGCUCUUUGGCAUGCGCACCGACGACGGCCUGCGUGGCCCCAACAUGGAGGUGGAGACAAACGUAGACCUGUCGAAGGUGUUCACCGGUGCACAGGAACCCAUCCAGAUCCACAAACACAAGCUCUGCCCCCGAUGCAAGGGCACCGGCGCGGACAACACAGCCCCCAUUGUCACCUGCAAUCAGUGCGGCGGCAGAGGGAUGAUACAUCAGCGCAUUCAGUUCGCCCCUGGUAUGAUUCAGGACAUCCAGCAGCAGUGUCCGGGCUGCGGAGGCAGCGGCAAGAAGCCGGAACGACUCUGUCCGGUGUGCCAGGGCAAGAAGGUCGUCUACGGCAGCUCCACGCUCACCUUGGAGCUGGAGCCCGGCACGGAGGAGAACCACGUGCUGAAGUUCGAGAUGGAGGCCGAGGAGACGCCGGAUCGUCUGCCGGGCGACCUUCUGGUGCACAUCCGCACCCACCCCCACGCUGUGUUUGCGCGUCGCCGCAAUCAGCUGGAUUUGGAUACGUCGCUGACCUUGACGCUGAGGGAGGCGCUGCUCGGUUUUGAUCGCCGCAUCACCCACCUCGACGGCGUCGAACAGGUGGAGGUGCGGCGAGACGGGUCGUCGCCGUUCGGUACGGUGGUGCGUUCACCUGGGAAAGGGAUGCCAAAGCUGCAUGUGCCGUCGGAGCGCGGCGACCUGUACAUCCGCCUGCGCUAUGACCUUCCGGAGCGACUCACAGAGGAGCAGAAGGCGCUCGUGGAGAAGCUGCUGUGA